UAAAUUACAAUGUAUAAUUGUAUAUCUUUGUAUAAUCUGAUUUAAAUUAAAUAUUUUUACGUUCAGUUUUUUCCAGAAUGCUAAAAACCCAUUGGACAGAAAAAAGAAAAGUUACUGGUUCGCUUAUAAAAAGCUAUUUAUGUCCCCUUCUGCUGUUCUGCAUUAACGUCCCACGCACCAAGUUACUCCACCGGAAACAAUGGCGUUUCUCAACCGAAAUUCGUCGCUCUGUUUUCUCGUGCUAACUUUCGCAUAUCUGGUGUUGCUAACCUCUCCGGUGCAUUCUCUCAGCUGUUCAUCACAGAAGUUCACCAACAAGAAGCUCUACACCAAGUGCACCGAUCUACCAACCCUCGGUGCAUCGCUCCACUGGACUCACAUCCCAAAAAACUCCUCCCUCUCAAUCGCAUUCGUCGCGCCUCCUGCUAAAUCAGAGGGAUGGAUCGCGUGGGCUAUUAACCCGACACAAACCGGCAUGGCCGGUUCUCAAGCACUCGUCGCGUUCAAGGACUCGAACGGCUCGAUGACAGUGAAGACAUACAACAUCAGCUCGUAUUCCUCCCUUGUUGAAGGCAAGAUCUCGCUUGAAGUUCCAGAGUCCAGCGCGGAGUACAGCGACAAAUCGAUGAAGAUCUUCGCAACGGUGAAGUUGCCUAAGACGAUGACGGAGGUGAAUCAUGUCUGGCAGGUCGGUGGUUCGGUUGAGGAGGGAAUGCCGGUGAAACAUGAAUUUCAGCCGGCGAAUUUGAAGGCGAUGGGGAAACUGCAACUGCAAUUGACGGAGAAUGCACAGAGUAAUGGUACUGCUACAACCCCCGUCGGCAGUCCUAGCAUUGCUCCGACCACAUCCAUAACUCCAUCCCCAAGCCCAAGGACUAACUCAGGUUCUCGCAAUACCAUAUCGUACGCAUUCUUUAUGCUUAUGAUUAGGGUUUUGAUCUUGAAUUAGGAUAUAAACAUAGACAUUAUGUUCAUUUCCAUGUUUUUUUUUCAGUCGUUUUCAUCAUAUGAUCGUGUUUACAUAAUAUAUAUUACAAUUUAGUUCUGUUAUAAUCAUCUGAUUCUUAUUUGUUGUA